AUGUCGUUCUCUAUCCGCCUACUGCUCAUCAGCAUUUUCCUUACUUUCGCUACACUCAUUUCUGCGCAAUCGGAAUCUGGAGCUCCUUCGACCCCGGCACCUACAAGCAGCGCCCCGCCGCAAGGCAACGGAACUACCACCAGACCACCAGAGGUUGCGCCUACUGGAUCUUCGCCCCCGGAUGUGCUUCUCCGCGUCCCUGAACUGCACGUUGGAAGGAUUGAACUAGGUGUCGAGAAGCUUCAGGCAGAUCUCAACCUUAACGCCAAGGUCGCUGGUCUUGUCCAGAUCAAUGCUGGUGUCCAGGUCGCCGUGGAGAAGGUCAACAUCACUAUUGCUGAUGUAGAUGUUGAACUCGAGUUGAUUGUACGAUUGGGCAACCUGGUCUCUAUCGUUGAGCGUGUCUUUGACUCUUUGGACCUGAACCCUCUCUUGAUCGGUUUGAUCGGAAACGUCACCAACUUGGUCGGAGAAGUGAUCGGUGCAGUUGAUGGACUUCUUGGAUCGAUUACGCAAAACGGGAAGACGCUCAACUUCUUGGUCGACAACCUCGGUAACAUCGUCCAAGAGGUCGUAGGAAGCGGCGGAGACGCCCUCCAGCAGAUUGUCGGAAACUUCAAGCUCAACAUGACCGAAGUCGCUGGAAGCGCAAAGCAGGUUGGCCAGGGAAUGACACAGAAGACCUUCAACUACGAGCCUCUCAACGCGCUCGUCGACAUCGUGACCAACACCGCUGGUCAAGUCGUAUCCGCGGUCGUCCAGAAGAAGAAUGGUGGUGGUGGUGGCAGUGGCGGCGGCUCAUCGUCAACAGCUUCGGCUUCCGGUACUCCCAUGCCGGUUAGCCUGCCUGUCGCCUCAGCUACUAGCUCUGCGUAG